AACCAGAGUAUGGUACAUAAGCAGAGAAAAUUCAACAUCUCCCUUGUAAUUUCAAGUUUGCUCUCAUGUAAAUGCAUUUUCAGUCGUUCGACACGGUUCCCUGUCUGGACGACGUGGUCGAUUAUCGUCAAAAACAAAAUGUCAUCGUGGUGACGAACAACCAAGCCCACCUCUGCCGCUUUUGGCUUUGAUUGUCAGGGCACAUGACGCUUACAAGUCUACGCCAACACCUGUUAGAUAUGUCUCACCUCAUUGGCUAGGUGGAUACUGUACUUGUAGCAUGUGGUCUCCAGCUGACUAUGAAGUUAUAGAAGAGCAGAAAAGAGAUAGAUGGCUUAUCAAAAUGGUGCUAUUUGCAAGAACAUAG